UUGUUCCACCCUGGAGAGGCUGGCACUGCUGGCAGGUAGGCUGCCAAAGCACUGCCAGCACCAGCCCUGCCUCGUCCUGCGCGGCUCCGGCACCGCUGACUGUGGGAAAGUUUUGCAAUCACCAUAAGAAGGAAAUCCAAGGUUUAAGAGCCAUGUGGUGAGGUGCUCCACUUGUGGGAGCAGGCUGUGACGCUGUGCUGGCUCCGAGCCUGGAGCCCUGGGGCACGGGAGAGAAACAGCCUGACACCGCUCUGACACAAAGUAAGAGAUAUUUCAGACCAGGAGAAGGAAAACCAUGGACAGACCAAUCACUGCUGGCCAGCUUAAAGAAAAAGCACUGUUCCAGGACAGCGAGGGCAGUGCAGCUCCUGCCAAGACCGUGUGCCAUAAUUGUUCAAAGCUAAAGAUAUUUCUUGGAGCUCUAGCUUUUUCCUUUUUUGCCAAAGGAUUUUCUGGAAGCUACAUGAAGAGCAUGUCCAGUCAAAUUGAAAGGAGAUUUGAAAUCUCAUCGUCGAUUGUUGGCAUUAUUGAUGGCAGCUUUGAGAUAGGUAACUUGAUGGUGAUGGUGUUGGUGAGCUACCUUGGACCAAGAGUUCACAGGCCAAAAAUAAUUGCUGUUGGGUGUCUCAUCAUGUCUGUAGGAGCUUUUUUGUCAGUGAUGCCUCAGUUCCUGAUGGGACGUUACAAUUAUGAAAGGAUAACUGUUAGUGUGGACAACUCCUCCACGAGUGUGUCAGCUUGCUCCCCGGGGUCUGAGGGCCCUCCAGCCACAGAAGCUACAGAAACACUCAGCACAGUGAUAAAUGCUGGAUGUGAGAAAACAACAAAUUCCUACCUGUGGCUUUUUGUGUUGGUGGGGAACCUUCUACGUGGAAUCGGGGAAGCACCAAUUAUGCCUCUGGGAGUUUCAUAUAUCGAUGAUUUUUCUAAAGAAGAAAACUCAGCCUUUUACAUAGAGAGGAAGGCUUGCCUUGCCCAUGCAGUUUUUUGCUGUCUCUCUUCUCCUGCAGGCCUGGUGAGAUCCUCGGGCAUGUUUGGGCCAACGCUGGGCUUCCUGCUGGGCUCCUUCUGUGCCAGCCUCUGGGUGGACGUCGGCGUCGUGGACAUCGAUGCCAUCAGCAUAAAUCCUAAGGACACCCGUUGGGUUGGUGCCUGGUGGCUUGGAUUGCUUAUCUGUGGAGCUGUCAACUUCAUUGCUUCAUUGCCUUUCUGGUUUUUACCUUAUUCCUUACCAAAGGAAGGAGAGAAUGAGAACUUGAAGAUUAGUCACUUGCCUGCUCAAGAUCCCUGUAAAAUAGACCCCCCAGCUCAGCCACAAUUAAAGUUCUCAGAGGCAGUAAAAGAUUUCUUGCCAGCCCUCAGGAAGCUGUUUGGAAAUCCAAUUUUUGUGGUGUUCAUCUUCCUCACCAUUCUGCAGUACAAUUCCCUCGUUGGGAUAAUAACCUACGAAACAAAGUUCAUGGAGCAGCAGUUCAAUGUGUCAGUGGCUAAAGCCAUCUUUCUGAUUGGCGUGAUACUUCUACCUGUCACAAUCCUGGGCAUGUUUCUAGGAGGCUUCCUGAUCAAGAAGUUCAAGCUCCACAUAACAGAAAUGGCCAAGUUUGCCUGCAUCACCUUUAUAGUGGCCUACCUGCUGAACCUGCUGUACUUCACCUGCAGCUGUGAGGUGCUGCAGGUGGCCGGGCUGACAGCGCCCUACUCUGGAGUGCAGCCCCUUUCCUCCAGCAAGCACAUCUACACGGCCAGCUGCAAUGCUGGGUGCAGCUGCAAGGUGGACCAGUGGGACCCUGUCUGUGGGGACAAUGGCAUCACGUACAUGACAGCCUGCUUUGCAGGCUGCAGAUCCUCAUCUGGGACAGGAAGGAAUAUGGUGUUUCACAAUUGCAGCUGUGUGGAAGGACAAGGGCUCGGCCUUGGCAAUUCCUCUGCAGUUUUGGGACAAUGCCAAAGAGAGAGCUGUACCAAAGCCUUUCCCUAUUUUUUAGCAUUACAGACUGCAUGUGCAUUUAUUUUAGCCUUAGGAGGCACUCCUACAUACAUGAUUAUGUUUAGAUCUGUUUCGCCAGACCUGAAAUCCUUUGCUGUUGGGAUAGAAACUCUGGGUGGUAGAGUACUUGGAGGACUCCCAGCCCCUAUUUAUUUUGGUGCCUUGAUAGAUGAGACCUGCUUGAAAUGGGGGACAAAAAGCUGUGGGGGAUCAGGGUCCUGCAGAGUGUAUGACACAAAAGAGUUCAGGAAUGUGUAUCUUGGCCUCAUUGCAGGACUACGGGCAGGAUGCUGUCUCUUGUACAUAGUGCUCUCUGUUUUAAUUAUGAAACGCUUCAAACCAGAUGGCAAAGAGAUGACAGAUAUUAAAAAUGCAGAAAGAUCAACCAGCAAAGACCCAGAAACUGCCAACAAAAGAGAAAUUCUUCCUGGUUUAAGAACCUCAGAGGAGAGCGAGGAAACUUAUAUGUAAAAACAAAAAAACGAGGUCUUUUGUAACUUUGCCUGUGCUCCAGUUUUUCUGAGCACAAAAGGGGUCUAAAUACAGACUUCAACAACUAGUUUACAUUUUGGGAGUCCAAAAAGUAUCUUUGAACAUUGGCUUUGUAUUUGCUUUACCCUAUCUUCUUCCCUUCCUCAUCUGAAACAGCAAUAAGGGGAAAAGGUGUUCAAAAUUCUGGGGAACUCUCCCACCCUCUUGCUCUCAGUCCCUUUCUAGCCCAUCAGUAGGACAAGCCAAAAUUUUGCAAGCGUCAUAAAUUUGAUCAUGAUUGAAAAAUUAAGAAGAAGAAAUCCACAAUAAGCUGCUUUGACAUUUUUUCACUGACUUUAUUUCAAGUCCUCUUGCUCUGUACUUAGUCCUGCAGCUCUGCUUGGGCAAUCGGGUUUCACUCGGGCUUCUCUGAUGGCCUUUCAUGAGCAGAGCUCCUUGCUCCAGGCUUGGUCCCCCGAGCCACGGCCAGGUGAGACCCCAGGGCUGUCAGGGAGCACCCUCAGAACUCAAACUGCUCUGCAGCUCUGGGGUUUGGCUUGAAAAACAGUCAAAGUGGAAAGCAAAUGAAGUUUGCAAAUAAAGUUCUGAAGCGAAGCGUGUUGGACAGCCAAAGUGCAAAGCAAGUGAAGAAAGUGGUGUGUUAAUUUCUGCAGCACAUCUCAGUGAUGGGUUUGAGAAAGAUUACUCUGAACUGAUGCAAUAAAGUGAUAGGUGUUUAA